UCAGUUAUUUUAAAUUACUUGAUAACACUACAUAAACUAUUAUUUAUAUCUAGAAGUUAAAUGCAAUUUAGAUUUGGUCUACUUCAAAAGUAAAAGAGGAAAAUAAUCAUGGAGCUUCUACGCCGUAUUUUGUACUCUACUCUUCUGAAUUCUAUAUUCAGCGUUUUGGAAGUUUAUGGUGAAUACUGUUACUACGCCCGUUACUCUUAUGGUUAUGGCUAUUACUAUGUAUGUGAUACAUCAGCAAGCGGUGGUACCAUAGCCGGUGCGGUAGUAGGAAUUAUCAUAUUUAUAGUUAUCAUUGUUGUUAUUAUUGCUGUGUGUAAAAACAAAAAUAGAACAAGAGUGACAACUAUUCACAACACCCCUCACUCUGGCGGAACUACUGUUAUCACACAACAGCAACAACAACAACAAGCUCCACCACCAAUGAUGUAUGGUCAGUAUCCCCAACCAGGCGGCGUUAUGUAUAAUCAACCACCAGCAUAUCCUCCACCUCAGGCAAACUAUCCACCACCACAAGGAAACUAUCCACCGAAAUACUAACAGUUUAUCAACUAUAAGCAAACUAUCAACCAAAAUACAAACAGUGUUUGAAAUUCAUACACCACUAGUUCUAUAUUGUGAAUAAACUGAUAGUCCUCAUAUUUUGUUAUCUUAGAUCCUUAAUUUUAUUACUUUACUGAGUGAAACAUAAAUGCCUUGGAAAGAAUAUAUAAUAAACGUAUUUUGUUCAAUAGAUAAACUUUUUUCUGUAUAAAAACCUGCUGAUUUAAUAAAUUUAAAACAAAAAGUAAAAUCAUCUUAUUUUGAUGAAAGCUAAAAGUAUCUUUUGAUGUAUCUAUGAUGAGUUAUUAUCAUUUUGUUUCCACAAUAAUGUCCUCUGGAAUAAAAUUUUGUUUGCAAGAUUGUUUUCACAGCUACAUGUAAAUGUCAUUGGAAUAAACCUGUCCUAAACAAUUUUUAAAAA